AGAGAAAGAACAUCUGCAAAUGAGAUGCUGUUUCUGCAAAUUUCAUUGCUCCUGACUCUUCUCCCAUGUGGUGACAGUAAGAAUGACUUACAGGAGCCAAUCACUUUCCAAAUCAUUCGGAUCUCAUCAUUUUAUAGUCGACUCCUUACACAAAAUCUGGGCUCAGCUUGGUUGGAUGAGUUGCAGACUCAUGCCUGGGAAAACAAAUCUGACACAGUCAUUUACCUGCAUCCUUGGUCCAAAGGCAACUUCAGUGAUGAGGAGUUGAUAGAAGUGGAAAAAAUACUUCAUACAUUCUUCAUUAGACUUGGCCAGGCACUUUACAACCAUGCCAGUCAAUGGAAGCUUGAAUAUCCCUUUGAACUGCAGGUAGCAGGUGGCUGUGAGAUGCACAUCAGAGGUGCCUCAGUAGGCUUUGUGCGAGUUGGUUAUCAAGGAUCAGACUUCCUAAGCUUCCAGAAAAAUGUAUGGAUACCCUCUCCAGAUGGUGGAGAUACGGCUAAGUUUGUCUGCUUACUGUUCAAUUUAUACCAAGGCACCCUGGAAAUAAUACACAAGCUGAUCAGUGACACCUGCCCACGUUUCCUCUUGAGUCUUCUUGAUGCAGGAAAGACAUAUCUACAGAGACAAGUACGACCGGACGCCUGGCUGUCCCCUGGCCCCAGCCCUGGCCCUGGCCGUCUGAUGCUGGUUUGUCACGCCUCUGGCUUCUACCCAAAGCCCAUUUGGGUGAUGUGGAUGCGGGGUGAGCAGGAGCAACAGGGCACUCAGAGAAGUGAUGUCUUACCUAACGCUGAUGGGACGUGGUAUCUUCAGGUUUCCUUGGAUGUGGAAGCCAGUGAGGCAUCUGGCCUGAGCUGCCGGGUGAGACACAGCAGUCUAGGAGGCCAGGACAUCAUCCUCUACUGGGAUCAUCGCAGCUCCAAUGGCUGGAUCAUCUUGGCAGUGAUCGUGCCCCUGGUCCUCCUGGCAGGUCUUGCAUUUUGGCUUAGGAAAAGCUGGACUUGCUGCAAACCUUCAAACACACUUUUCCCUCUGGAAUGAGAUCCCAGCAGCCCAGGAACCCAGGACACAUCUAGAUAGAACUCAGUGAUGAUGGCCUUUCCACUCUUUGCACAACUUCUUUAGAUGCUGUUUUUUUUCUGCUGAAAUAUCAGUUGUUAAUAUAAGCAAUAACAAAUGUAAUUUUGCAGGAUUUUUUGUUCUAACUUAGGUUUGUGACUUAAAAAUUCAUAAUUUAAAUUCUGAAUGGAUUACAGUCCUAGGAUCCCUCACAUAUUCAAAUGUGAGUGGGUCAUCAGGCUUAUUUCAGAUGCUACUUCAUCCAAAGGGCCUUUCCUGAUUCACCAGUGAAAGCUGUCUCUGCCUCAUGUGAGUUCCCAGCAACAUUUAACUGGACUUUGCUAAAUCUCCUCCUCACUUCAGAUCCUUUGUGGCCACUGUCUAGUUCUCUUUCCUCCUUCUAAUUUUUAAGCUCUUGAGAACAAAGUUCACAUAUUUUACUAUAUGCGUCCUUGGCAAAAUGUCUUACCUGUGUGUGAUAUGUUCUCAGUAAAAAUCUGUGUUAAAUUUAUUUCAAUUUUAUAGCCUUUUAAACAUCGUUUUCCUCCCUGCUAUCUUUGUAGUAGUUGAGACAUUUGAUGCUCUUCUGACUAAAGUACUCCUCACUUGACCAAGACAUUUCACAAUUUUCUAGCCUUAGUGAUUUCUCUGAGCUCCUGAGGAGAAACAGAGUUUUGCCUGUGACAAUUCUAAUUAUUUAGCUCUAGAGACCUAUUGGGAUGAAGUGUUGCUCCAAGUAUUCUAAACAGAAAGAGGAAGGCAGAAUAUAGACCCUUAUUUUUCAGGGUGGUUCAUAUAUGAGAAGCAGAAUUAGCAUCUUGGAAAUUGUUAUAAAUAUUGGGUCUUGGAUCUCUUCUUAGACUUCAUGAAUCAUAACUUGCAUUUUAACAAAAUCAGAAGGGGUUCAUAGCUGCCUUUAAAUUCCAGGAGCACUUAUAUGAGUGAUGCCUGAGAGAUAGUGGUGGGAGUAUUUCCCUGAAGAGAAAAGAAAAGUCAAGCAAAAAGAACAAGAGUGUUGAUCCUCAGGACUGAAGUGAGAUCAAGACUAGGAGAUUACAUAAAACAUGUUCUUGUUAUUCAUGAUGUUGUGUUAAAUUUACAGGAAGUGCUGGUUUAGUGAAAAUUGAGCCAUUGCUUCUAGGGCAAAUGCAAGGUUUGGUUCCAGUGAGCUUCUGGUCACACAUUUUUUGUCAACUAAUAAAUACAUAGCUUUAUGUGUGAUUCUG